AUGAAGGGGAAACUGGAGGGAGGAAAAGGCAGCAUUGUAGUCGAUUAUGAUGACCGCAAACCUACUGUGGACGCCCUUAUUCACGACCUCAAGGAAGGAGGAGUCGCCAGGAACUGGAACGAGCGAGAGCGCACAUUGGCCAUCCAAGCUCUCAAAACCCUUGGUCGCUCGACAGAAGGCUGUGAUAGCAUCUUCACUGAAGAGGGAAUCCGCACGUUGAUGUAUCAUUCGGGACUGCACAAGGCCACGGAAGCCAACAUUGACAAGACUUGUUCGAGAGAGGCACUGAAAUGUUUGGCCAACGCACUCCUUCUCAAGCCCUCAACAAAACCAACCUUUGAACGACUGGAAGGACACAGUCAGUGUAGUGUAUUGCUCAAGUUUUUGUUCAGUCGCAUCCUCUUUUUGAUGACGAUUGACGCGUCUACAGUUGUCAGGAGCUUGUUAGAUCAUCAUCAGGCAGUCAACAACGUUGGCGUCGUACUGAAAACACAACUGGCUAGGUCUCCGGAUGGCACCAUGUUUACUCAAUCGAUGGUGUUGAGCGAGGCUUUGAAGUAUCUCUUCAACUUGAUGAUGUGGGACCCCAAGAUCGAUAGACCCGAGGAGGCCGACUUUACUGCAGAGCAAAAGGCUGAAGCUUCAGGAAAGCGAUUUCAAAGUCUGCUGCCGACGAUUAUUUCGAUCAUCAUUACGAUCCCCACAUCUCAUCCCAACCCACUGGAACCCCCACACUCGCAUGCUAUCCAUGUGCUGCUGAACUUUCCCAUCUCAGCAUCUGCUUUGUUGGUGACACGCUCUCAGCAGGCGACGUUGUUGAGUGUCUUGCUCCAGAUCCUGGAUGAUACCCUCAAGCACUCUUUGAACACGGACGACGAGGCCUCGACUGAUGGCAUGAGCAACGGAACUGAACUGGACGAGAUUGUGCCCCCUUUGGUUAUUGUUCUGACCAACAUCGCUUCGGCUGGAGGAGAAGGCAGGAAAGCCAUGAAGGCCAGGCUCUUGCCCGACGACGUUGAUCGAUCGCGUCCAUUGGAAAAGGGUGACAGUUUUUCAGCAAGACUUAUUCGACGAAUGACGUCGGCGCGUUUCCCUCAGAUCAAGGAGACUGUCAGCCAACUGUUGUUUGUGGUCUGCAACGAGGAUCCCUCGCUGUUGACGCGUCAUGUUGGAUACGGUAACGCUGCAGGAUUCUUGAUGAAUAGAAACUUGGGCGUACCAGCUUCUGUGAGCGGGAUUGAUUCUGAUGACGAGGAAGAGGGCGAAGGUGAGGAGGUGGAUAUGCCCAAGAAGAACGCAGCUGCUGCAGAAGCGGUCUCAGCAUCGCCUACCAGCCCUUUGUCACCUGCAACUCCCACUUCUGCGAUUUCAUCGUCCUUCCCACCUUCCUAUGCAGCGACCUCCGCCGCAGCAACGUCACCCACACAUACGACGGCGUCGUCAGCAACAAGGACAGCAGCAGUGUCGACGACAAUCGAGUCGGCGCCCUUGAACCGUCGCAUGUCGUCGACGUCCUCUGCAUCCUCGGCAGCUGUGAACCCGAUCACGGGAGCUUACUACCCAGACCCUUCCGCGAUCCGGACGGCGAUGGCGGAUAUGACAGAGGAAGAAAAGGAAGAAGAGGCAGGACGAUUGUUGGAUCUGUUUGACAAGUUGCGUCGGACGGGGGUUAUGGACGUGCGUAACCCGGCUUUGGAGGCUGGAUUGAAGCAGCGGGAGAGGGAUCGAUACCAUGAUGACCAGGAGCGUAAAGAGCAGGAGGAGGAUGAAGAACUUGAACGUAUCUAUGGCAAAGUGAAUUCGACCCAACACUCUACAUCCGGUACCCCUCCCAUCAGCUUUGCCGCGGCUGCCCAGAAAAACACCAACAAAGCCAACCCCCCGACUCAACCAGCCACGACGACUACACCUGCUACCCCCGCCGCAAACCCUUCUUCCGCCGCUGCUGCUGCCCCCGCCGCUGCCUCUCAGACUCCCACGUCGACUGCCACGACGCCGUCUUCAGGAAGCCAGGCUGCUGCUGUCAACAACUCUUCCUCUUCUUCAACCACACCUUCUUCAAAGCCUACCUCGGCCAAGCCCGCCACCUCAACACCCACUCCUUCAACUGCCAAUGGCAACUAUUCUGCUGUAGCCGCCAAGGCUAACCAUGCUGCCAACAGAAGAUCACAGGCACCCACUGCUGCGGCAGCCGUGAAAGGCCAGCCCGCCGCCGCCAAGCCCGCUACUACUGCCACAUCAGUUCAGUUCGGAUCGAUCAACGACUCGACUUCAGGAUCAGCACCCGCAGCCUCGAGCGACGAGACCCCUGUUGCCACCGCAACCGAGGACGCCAUGACUUUUGGAAGCAUCACCGCCACAAAGAAGAUCUCCAGCAACAAGCCAGAAGAGACCGCUGUCGCACCUGCUUCGGAGCCUACUCAGCCCGUGCCUGCUGAGUCUCACCACAGCACCUUCAAGCCCGCCUCUGCACAUGGCUCCCAGAACCAGCACAGACGCACGGAUUCGACCAACUCUGCACAUGCCAACGAGCACCACUACCGUGCUCAGGUGCCUCCUACUAUCUCUCAGGCUCCUAUGAUGCCCUCGAUGGGUGUUCCCCAGGCUGGAGCUGCUGGCUUUACUUCUCAGCAGCCUCCCAUCAAGAACAUGAGGCCCAUGAACCCCCAGGCUGGUCACCACAUGCACCCUCAGCACUCUCAACCUCAGUGGCAUAACCAAUACUACAUGCCCGCUUAUGAUCAAUCCGGAUACUACCAGCCUCAAAUGUACACUCAGGCCAUGCCUACUUACAGCGCUCCCCCUCGUCAGCCUAUCGCCAACAGACAGCCUUUCAACACCAACGCUCCUGCCUUCACCCCCCAGGCUCAGGGUUCCAAGCGCAUUGCUAUCAUCAACCCCGAAACCAAGGCCGAGGUCAAGCCCGAGGCCACCUCUUCUCCCUCUCUCGACAGCAAGGCUGCCAAGGCCAACGUUGCUGACGUGAAGACCGCCACCGAAGAGGAGAAGAAGAGCAUCAUCACUCCUCCUCCCGUCAAGAACGUCAUCAAGAUCGUCAACCCUGCCGAGAAGGAGCGUGAGGAGCGGGAACGCAAGGAGAAGGAAGAGAAGGAGCUCAAGGAGAAGGAGGAGAAGGACCGCCUGGAGCGUGAGGAGAAGGAGCGCAUCGAGCGCGAGGCCAAGGAGGCCGAAGAACACCGUAUCCGCGAGGCCAAGGAGGCCGAGGAGCGCCGCAUCCGUGAAGAACAGGAGGAGAAGGAGCGCAAGGUAAAGGAAGAACGCGAGCGCAAGGAGAAGGAAGAGCGCGAGGAGCAGGAGCGCAUCGAGGCCGAGCGCAAGCUCAAGGAGGAAGAAGAGCGCAUUGCCCGCGAGAAGGCUGAAGCUGCCGAGAAGGCUCGCUUGGAGAAGGAGAAGGCCGAGGCUGAGGCUGAGGCUGCCAAGGAGAAGGAGCGUGCCGAGAAGCUCGAGGCUGAGCGUCGCAUUGCUUUGGAGACCGCCAAGUUGGCCGAUAAGCUCAAGCUGGAGCAGGAGCAGGCUGCCGCCUCCGAGAAGAAGGCUGCUGUCGAGGCUGCCGAGGCUGCCGAGGCCAAGGCUACCCCCGACUCUGUCAAGUCUGGUCUCUCUGUCGACCUUGCUCGCACCGUCUCUGCCCCUACCCCCAGCCCCUCGACCCGCAUUGAGAACUUUGGAGCAGUCAGCUACCCCUCGCACAUCCAGUCUCCUGGCAACACUGACGCUCAAGGAAAGUUCAGAUACGACCGAGACUUCUUGAUGCAGUUCAUGAACGUCUGCACAGACAAGCCCGACUCCCUCCCCUCCCUCGAUGUCUUGGGUGGUGAUGGUCACGAGCGCGGCAUGCCCUCGCCCGGUGGCUCCCAGCGUGGUCCCCGUGGUGCCAUGCCCAAUGGCCGUGGCAAGCCCGCCCAGCCUAUGGGCUCCUUCAGCUUCGGCAACAAGAUGGGUGGUUUGGGUGGCCCCAACGGCGUCCCCAUGGGUAUGCGCACUCACAGCGGCGACACCCGCAUCAACCGCUCCUCCAGCGACAACAACUUCCUUCCCCGUAACAACAACCUCUCCCGCCCUCCUUCCCAGCGUGGAUCUCGUGGUGGCAAGCGUGGUGGCGGAGGAGGACGUGGUGGCGACCGUGGACACCAGGAGCCCGCUCUCACCAUUCCCUUGGCCGAUAUCGUCCCUCUGGAGAAGACUGAGAACGCCUGGACCCCUACUGUCAACGCUAUCCAGACCCCUGCUGCCCUCAGCGGCGAGGAGCCUAUUUCCCAGGAUGUUGUUGCUCGCAAGGUCAAGGGUCUCUUGAACAAGUUGACUUUGGAGAAGUUCGAUUCCAUCUCGGACAAGGUCAUCGAAAUUGCCAACCUCAGCUCCAAGGAGGACGAUGGUACUACUUUGAAGCACUGCAUUCAGAUCAUUUUUGAGAAGGCCACCGACGAGCCCAACUUUGGAGGCGUCUAUGCACAGUUGUGCUUCAAGCUCAUGGAGAAGAUCUCUCCCGAGGUCAAGGAUGUGAGUGUUGAGGGAUCGACCGGAGGAAGGCUCUUCCGCAAGUACCUUCUUCACAGAUGUCAGGAGGAUUUCAUGAAGGGAUGGAAGGACAAGGCUGCCGCUGGCGGUGUCUCGUUGAACGACAAAGACGGUCCUGAUCUGAUGACCGACGAGUACUACGUCCUCAUGAAGGCCAAGCGUCAGGGUCUCGGUCUCAUUCACUUUAUCGGAGAGCUGUUCAAGUUGAACAUGUUGACCGAGAAGAUCAUGCACGAGUGUGUCAAGAAGCUCUUGGCCAACGUCAAGGAUCCCGAGGAGGAGGAGACUGAGGGUCUCUGCAAGCUGAUGACCACUGUUGGUCUCCAGCUCGACAGACCCGCGGCGAAGAGCUUCAUGGAUAUCUACUUUGUCCGCAUGACCGAGUUGACCAAGAACCUCAAGCUUCCCAGCCGUAUCCGCUUCAUGGUUCAGGAUGUCAUCGAUCUCCGCGCCAACAACUGGGUCAACCGCCGUGCCGCCACUGGUCCCAAGACCAUUGCCGCGAUUCACGAGGAGGCUGCCCGUCAGGCCGAGGAGAAGGAAAAGGAGAUAAUGCGCCGCAGCGCCUCCUCUGGUGGUGCCCGUGGUCUCCCCAACCGCCGCGAGCAAUUGAGCCGUGGUCCUUCGUUCCGUGGUGGCUCUGGAGAUGCUCGUCACGACAUGAACGCUCCUCAGGUGGGUGCGGAUGGCUGGUCCACUGUUUCCAACUUGCCCAAGAAGGCCGGUGAUCUGUCGUCGUUCGGUAACACUGCUCGCUCCAAGGUCAGCGGUACCCCCAGUCUCGGACCCUCCCAGUCUGUCUUCGGCUCCCUCCGCAAGACCAAGGGUGGUGAGGCCAAGGCUGCUCCUCAGCCUGAGGCUCCCCGCCAGCUCAGCUCCACCAACAUCUUCGCUGCUUUGGAGGGUGAUACCAGUGAUCGCCGCGGCAGCGUAGAUGCUGAGAAGCCCACUGAGCGUCGCCGUCUCAACUUGCUUCCUCGCACUACCCCUGUCGAGGCUGCUGUCGAGGCUGCUUCCGAGAAGUCCGAGGCUGAGGCCGCCCCUGAGGCGCCUAAGAAGUCCAAGGAUGAGGCUCAGCGCAGCAUUGCCAAUACACUCAAGGAGUACCUCUCGUUGAAGGAUAUGAACGAGAUGUUGACCAGCGUCAAGGAGUUGGAUGCUGUCUACCGCCCCUUGCUUGUGACGGAGUUUAUCAACCAGUCGAUGGAGAUGAAGGCGGCUGAUGUUGACAGCAUUGCCGAGGUGUUCACGAAGCUUGCCGCGGAGAAGAUUGUCUCUGCUGAGGACUUUGAGACUGGAUUUGCUGAUCCCCUCGAGUUCUUGCCCGAUACCGCCAUUGAUGUCCCCAACGCCUACAAAUACACCGCCCAGUUGCUCGAAGCCGCCGGCAUGGACCCCGCCAAGGCUGCCAAACCUUAG